UUUGCUUCUACAUCCCCAUUCAGUACGAUUUGAGGCGAGUUCCAGUGCGCGCGCGACAUUUUCCAAGCACCCUUCCGUUGUGUAUAGCUAUUCAAAUAUAGCUUGCCGCCCAGUGGGGACCAUAGUGUGGUGCUGAUCUCAUCCCGCGAGUUUACUAUCAGAAUUGACGAGUAUCGAGUUGAACGAUAUCGUCGAAUCUAGGAACACAUUUCCCCCACAGCCGAGCCCGAAAGGUUAACUUGUACGCGGACAGACAGUAAUCAUAUUAAAACGGAUUGGUUCUUCAUAUAAUUGACCACAAAAGUGCAACUGAGGUCCAUCAUCAUGUCCGACGAUAAACAGAAUGGUUCUGAUCAGGUUGACAAAGUUGCUGUUGAAGUAGCUCAAAUGGCACUGGAAUCGAAUGAAGACGCUGCAAAACCGGCGACAUCCGAUGGAGCUGCCUGUACAGGAGCUACAAAGAAAGAGGAGAAUGGUACGCCCAAGGUGGCACCUGUUUCAACGGCCGCCUUCAAAGAGCAAUUCAAAGCAUUUUCAAAGUUUGGAGACACCAAAUCUGAUGGGAAGCACUUGACCCUUUCGCAGAGUGAUAAGUGGAUGAAACAGGCCAAGGUGAUCGAUAAGAAAAUUACUACUACAGACACUGGUAUCCACUUUAAAAAGCUAAAAUCAAUGAAGCUAACAUUCGAGGACUACAAUAAAUUCCUUGAUGAUCUGGCUAAAACCAAAAAAGUUGAUUUGAAUGAAAUCAAAGGCAAAAUGGCCAAUUGUGGCGCUCCUGGUAUACACAACGCUACUCCUGGAAAAGCGGCUGACACCGUGGCCAGACUGACAGAUACAUCGAAAUAUACUGGUUCGCACAAGCAACGGUUCGAUGAUACCGGAAAGGGUAAAGGAAUUGCCGGUAGAAAAGAUCUUCCCGACGGCUCCGGUUAUGUAACCGGAUACACACAUAAAAACACAUAUGACAAAACGCACUAAACAAUGUACCUUUUGGAAUACUCUUCCAUUCUCUAAAUAUAAUCAUUGCCCAUGAUAAUGUUUCACCAAUCAAAAUAAUGUAAAACAUUGAAGUUAUCUACAGUCUUCGAGAAUUUUAAGUUGUAAUGAGAGGUUUUAGUUAUGGAAAUGACAAGAUUUAACGGGUAAUAUGUUCAAAAUUGAUUCGUUAAUGUUUAUUUCUAAAUCAUUAUUUUUUUUUUGAAAUUUUAUCUACGAUAGUUUGUUCUAGUCUUGUUACGUUUGCUAAGCGACAAAAUAGAUAACAAAGUAACUUAUAGCAUUAUGAGAACUGUAAAAUUUCCCUCACAUAGUCAUUAUUUUUUGUACCUAAAGCAGGUCAUUGGAUAAGAUCCUAGCGAUAUAAAAAACAGAUUAAAUUUAACAUAUUUGUAUUUUUCCACUGAUGAUAUUGGCGAAUAAUAAUAUGAACGCUAGUAAUAUAUAA